CCACACUUUUGUCUGAACGAACACACAAAAUAAAAAAUCUUUACUUUGACAUCUCUCUCUCUUCUUCUUCAAUUUCUUCACGGUUCUUGCUUUUGCGUUAUCCCCAAAAUUGGCAACCAAACCCCUCUCUCUCUCUCUCUCUCUCUCUUGAAACUCCACAAUGAGUCCGAUCGUCAUAACCCAGUUAGCCACAGGUAUCAGCGUGUUAGCCGGUGCGGUCUUUAUCAAAUCGGUCAUGGACCAAAAGCCUAUGGCUGGUGGUGGUCAGUUCCCUCGUUGCCCGACUUGUAACGGUACAGGACGAGUCGCUUGUUUCUGUUCUCGAUGGUCUGAUGGUGACGUUGGAUGUCGUAGGUGUUCUGGUUCGGGUCGUGCGGCUUGUAGCAAUUGUGGUGGUUCUGGAACAGGUAGACCUUUACCGGCUCAGCUUACGGUUCAGCCACCACCGAACCGUCCUUAUUGAUUGUCAAACAAAAAUUUGUAUACUUUGUAAACGAUUCUUCUCUCUUGAACUCUCGAUUACUCCUCUGUCUUGUAAGUUGAUUAUAUAUAUACACAUAGAUGAGAACAGAUUCAUAGCUUUUAUGAUUGCUUCUUUUUCUUUGUGUUGGGUUUGUACUGUUCAUAUUUAAAUUGUCAUCAAUGGUGGCUUAAAUUAAAUCUCUAGAACUAAGACGAUGGGGUUUGAUCCAAAGAUUCAUAUAGCUAGCUUCUUUUUUGUGUAAUAGUUUUUAGGGUAUUGUUAUGGAUGAUUCAGUAUUCAGUAAAAUGGACUUUGUUUGA